GAGGCGUGGUCUCAUGGUGAGGAGAGUACUCAGAGGUAUCCGGAGUUGGUUGAUAGACAUAUUGUCCUGAACUGUCCUCAUGGAAGGGUGUUCAAGACGUUCCUUGAGAAUAGCUGGACACAGUUGAGGAGAUCUUGGUUCAUCUUCUUGUUCCAGAUGCCGAGAUUGCCUGAGGCUCUGAUCAGUCUCCAGGACUACCAGUUUCUGGAGCAACUCUUCACCAGCCACACCUCAGGAGUCAAGAACAGAGAUCAGUUCCCGGCUGAAGUGGUGGAGGCCUACAAGUACACGUUCUCCAGGCCCGGAGGGCUCACUGGACCCAUUAACUACUAUCGUGCCAUGUUCUCAUCUCCCAAGGACAGCUUGCCUCGCGAGAAGUGGACAAUUUCUGUCCCAACUCUCAUCAUAUGGGUACACAACAAACAUACAAACACUAUAGAGUGAUUCCAAGAGCCCUACAUCAUCAAUGUGCUCUAUAUGGAACGAAUGUGCUCUAGAAAAUAUUCCUUAAUUUUAACAGUAUGGUUUGUAAGACGAGUGCCUAGUAGUAUUAUUGGUAGCUAAGUGUGUGUAACUGCUGGUACAGGGAGAUGAUGAUCACGUGCUGCAGAGAGAGAUGGCAGACUGCCACGACACCAUCUGCUCUGACCUGACUGUGAAGUUAGUGGGAGAUUAGGUUGUAUGACCAGUGUUUCCCUCUCCUCUCUCCCCUCUCCAGACAUAUUCCCAACUGUAGUCACUGGGUCCAGCAAGAUGUGCCUGACCUCUGCAACCAGUACAUGACUGACUUUCUCUCUACUAAAUCUGUUUCAAUGUAGUUUAUUUGUACUAUUUGUGGACAUUACACAUCUUGUUAUUUUAAAG